AUGGCAGUCAAUAGUUUUGGUUUAAAAGAUGUCGAGGGGUUGGUGAAAUUUGGAAAACUUGGUGUCAACUCAGUGUUUUCCUGGAAAAAUAGCCAAGACAUAAGUGUUCUUCAGUUCGCGCUUAUGAAUUGGCCGGAAGGAUUUAUUGACUUUAUAUUAAGAGAAAUCAACUUCGAUCUGAACCUCAACACCGCCUUGUUAAACGCGGCGCUCUAUGUGGCCAUCAAGGAGAAAAAAGUUGACAUAGUGAAAAUGUUAGUAAGCUCCGGGGCUGACGUCAACAGAACAUCAGGCUAUCGUUAUAGAGUGCUACCCCUCCACCAGGCCAUCGAAUGUAGAAACUACGACAUUAUCGAGUUUUUGGUGACAUCAGGAGCCAACGUGAACGCGAACGUUUCCAAAGUUAAAGUAGCGAUGUAUUGCUAUAACUCGUCUGCUUUGACCAGUGCGAUUUUCAAACAUGACACCCGAUUGAUCGAGUUAUUAUUGAACAACAACGCUACCAUCGACCAUGGAUCCGCAGAACUACUCUCUACGGUACGAUUAGCCGUAAGUACCAAAAAGGUUGAGAUUCUCCAGCUCCUGAAAAAGUUUGGAGCAAAAUUCGAUGUGUUCAAAGACGGGAAGCUCAGCGUGGAGUUUGAAGCAGUACUGCAGCAAGAUAAAGUUAACAUAUUCAAGUUUUUCGUGGAAAAUUGUGAUUUUUUGGACUUAGCUGAUGCACAUGGUAAUACUUUAGCUCACUUGGCUGCUAAGUUCCAUCGUUGCAAAAUUUUGCGCUAUUUAUUGAACUGUGAAAUGGAUAUUUAUGUGGUUAAUAAUGAUAAUUCAGGCUUACUUGAUGUUGUCACGAACCAAAACAUCCAGUCAAUGACUCAUUGGCCGGUAGUGUAUUCAGAUCUGGAAACAUUGACGAUUCUCGAACGCCAUAUUAUAAGAUUAGCAGCAAUUGGUCGAUUUAUAAGUGAAAACAAUUCAGGAACUUUGGAUGGCGAUAAAUCAAGAAUACUCCACGAACAAUAUUGA